AUGGAAGCAUUCGUUAAAAUGAAUUGGUUAUCAUAUGUUGUACCAAAUUUUAAAUCAGCAAAGUAUGUUCUUGAACAUAAUAAAUAUCUAACACUUAUUGAAUUACUUGAUGAAUCUCAACCGUAUCGUGAAUUGAAUCGACUUCAAGAUAUUGAAUUAUCAAAAUUAAGUAAUAAUGAUCCAAUUCUUUCAAGAAUACAAGGUUCUCUUAUUGGUCUUGCUGUUGGUGAUGCUCUUGGGGCCGCAGUGGAAUUUCGAUCAAAUGCUUAUAUGCAAAAGAAUCGUGUUAAAGAAAUGCAAGGAGGUGGUACCUGGGGUCUUCAAGCCGGUCAAUGGACUGAUGAUACAUCGAUGGCACUUUGUCUAGCUGCUAGUCUUAUUGUUAAAAGUGGUUUUGAUGAUUAUGAUCAAUUAGUACGAUAUAAAUGGUGGUAUAGAAAAGGUUAUAUGUCUUCAACUGGUUCAUGUUUUGAUAUUGGUAAUGCUACACGUGCAGCAAUUACAAAAUUUGAAAAUCGUCAACGUCAAAGUGCACAACAAUUAGGUAUAUCAACUUCUGAACAUUAUCUAGAUCGAAUAAUUGGAGAAAAACGUUCACAAAUUAAUUUCAAUGCAAAAUGUGGUGAUCUUAAAGCUGCGGGUAAUGGUCCACUUAUGCGUUUAGCACCUAUACCUUUAUUUUAUUAUCGUUCAAAAUCAAAAGCAAUAGAAAAUGCUGCUAAUAGUGUAAGUCUGACACAUGGUGAUAAGAAAGCAAUUGAUGUAUGUCGAUUUUAUUCAGCACUUAUUUGGAAUGCUAUCAAUGGUAUAUCGAAAGAAAAUCUUUUAAAUCAAAAAUUUUAUUAUAAUAAUUUCAAAUUAUCUUUUGAUAAAGAUGUUAUGAAGAUAAUUCAAGGUUCAUAUAAGAAAAAACAUGGAUAUGUCGAUGGUAUACGUGGUAAAGGUUUUAUAUUAAAUUCACUUGAAGCUGCUCUAUGGGCAUUUUAUAAUGAUGAAAAUUCGUUUGAAAAAGGUGUUCUUCUAGCUGUUAAUUUAGGUGAUGAUACUGAUACAACAGCUGCUAUUUAUGGACAACUUGCUGGUGCUGUAUAUGGUAUUGAAGGAAUUCCAAAACGUUGGCGUAAUCGAUUAUUUCAAAAAGAUUUUAUUCUUACUCUAGCUAAUGGAUUAUAUAUAAAAGGAAAAACAUUUGAUCGUCCGAGACGAACAUCAGAAGUAAUAGACGAUGUUCAAGAAGAUAAACAUAAAACUAAAAAAAGUAAUAUCAAAUCUUCUAAGGGAGCAGCACAUAUAAUUUCUGAAUGCAAAUAA